AUUCGAUUCAUAUUUCGUGGCGAAUGCGUAAAGUUGUGACCAAGUUGUGAGUGCUCGUUUUAUCGAAGAGCGUGCGAAUUGUUUACGUUUGUUCAAAUGUAUGGUGAUCUAGUUAAUUCAUGAUAUUCAUUUCUUAGUCAAAAGCAAGGAUUAUGGCAUCCAGUGAGGGUAUUCCUCCACCUGGGACCGUGGCAGCCUUCCCAUCGGUGCCUCCGAGCAUACCACCAGGCUUCGUACCGCCUAUUAUUCCUGGAACUCCAUUUAUACCGACACCAGGAUUGCCUCCAGGACCUCCUGGUAUGAUGCCACCACAGUUUUCUAUUCCUCCACCUGGAUUUGGCUUUCCAAUGUCGAGUGGACCACCUCCUGACAUUAACGUCAUUGCUGCACCGCCACAAAUCACAGGGUCUGUAACAGCACCCGCUAUACCAUCAACAAUUGAGUCUACCAGUACUACCUCGACACCCACAGUAGAAAAAAAAUCCGAGUGGACAGAGCACAAGGCUCCUGAUGGACGUACCUACUAUUACAACAGUCAGACUAAGCAAUCAUUGUGGGAAAAACCUGAUGAAUUAAAGACUCCAAGUGAAUUACUCUUGUCACAGUGCCCAUGGAAAGAGUACAAAUCUGAUAAUAGCAAGAUCUAUUAUCAUAAUGUUACAACCAAGGAAUCAAGGUGGACAAUUCCACCGGAGUUAGAAGAAUUAAAAGCUAAGCUUGCUGCUGAAGAAUCAGCCACUGCUUCAACUACUGCUCCAACCACUGCUAAUUCAACCCUUGUUUCACCAGCCCUUCAAGUCGUGUCACCCAAUAUAACUAUGCCACAGGCUACUACACCUGAGCCCAGUUGCAAGUCUGCUAUUGAACAGGCAAUGGCAGCCACACUUGCAGCUAUUAAUAUUCCUACCCCUCCGUCAAAGCCAGAUGAUGAUAGUAAUUCGACAAAAGGAUCUGCUAAUGGCAGUCGUAAUAGCACUCCAGAACCAAAGGUUCAGUACAAGGAUAAAAAAGAAGCUAUCGAAGCUUUCAAAGAACUAUUAAAAGAGCGCGAAGUUCCCUCCAAUGCUACAUGGGAACAAGCAGUCAAAAUGAUACAAAAUGACCAAAGAUAUCCACAAAUGAAAAAAUUAAAUGAAAGAAAACAGGCCUUCAAUGCUUACAAAACUCAGCGACUCAAGGAAGAACGUGAACAGGAAAGGCUAAGACUCAAAAAAGCAAAAGAGGAUUUAGAACAAUUUUUACUCACCCAUGAUAGGAUGACAAGUAACACUAAGUAUUACAAGUGCGAAGAGCUCUAUGGUAAUUUGGAACUAUGGCGAUCGGUUGGAGACUCAGAUCGCCGGGAUAUUUAUGAGGAUGUAAUAUUUAAUUUGGCCAAACGCGAAAAAGAAGAGGCAAAGGUUAUGAAAAAGCGUAACACGAAACGACUGGCCCAAGUUUUAGACACAAUGACCGAUGUGACUUACAAAACUACUUGGCAAGAGGCACAAGCGCUGCUCAUACAGCAUUCUGCAUUUGCAGAGGAUGCUGAUUUAUUGGCCAUGGACAAAGAGGAUGCUCUGCUAGUGUUUGAAAAUCAUAUUCGACAGUUAGAAAAGGAUGAAGAGGAGGAAAAAGAGAGAGAGAAGAAGCGUAGAAAACGUCUAGAGAGAAAAAACAGAGAUGGUUUCAUUAGCCUGUUAGAUGAGUUACACGAGCAAGGAAAACUGACGUCUAUGUCACUUUGGGUGGAACUUUACCCCAUGCUGUCGGCAGACAUAAGAUUUUCAGCAAUGCUUGGUCAACCAGGAUCGACACCUUUGGAUCUAUUUAAAUUUUACGUGGAAGAUUUGAAAUCCCGUUUCCAUGAUGAGAAAAAGAUUAUUAGAGAAAUCUUGAAGGGUAAAAACUUUGAAGUCCAGGUGAACACAACGUUUGAAGAGUUUGCAACUGUAGUUUGUGAGGACAGAAAAUCCGCGACUCUGGAUGCUGGGAACGUAAAACUGACGUUCAAUCUUCUGCUCGAAAAAGCAGAGGCAAGAGAAAAAGAGCGCAUUAAAGAGGAGACAAGGAAAUUCAAGAAGCUAGAAACUGGCUUCAAGAAUUUGCUUAAAACCUUGGACGUGGACUACCAGAUGUCCUGGGAAGAUGUAAGGGUUAAGAUUGAAGGUGAAUCAGAUUUCAAAGCGAUAACCCUAGAAAGCGAAAGAGUCAGAAUCUUUAAAGAGUAUCAACAUGAAAUCGAAGAAAGCUGUAGCCAUCAUCAUAUCCGGAGUAAGAAAAAGAAAACGAAGAAGACCAAGAGAAAAUCUCGAUCGCGAUCACACAGCGAAUCUGAUACAAGUGAAAAAGGAGCGAAAAAGAAGGCUCAGAAAUCACGGUCCAUUAGUCCCCCAAGUAAAUCGGACAGCUCCGAGUCUGAUAUCAAAAAAUCUAAACGCAAGAAAAGUAAGAAGAAAAGGGGGCGCAGUCGUUCUUGUUCCUAUUCCAGAGUCCAAUCUUCUGAAGAAUCCCCUGACAGGAGACGGAAGGAAGAGAAGCACAGGCGAACGUCUGCACACAGUGAAACUGGUUCGGUGAAUGAGGGUGCACAUCAUCACGAAUUAUCUGAAGAUGAAUUGGAGAAGCAAAGGGCGCAACUUUUGCGAGAGCUACAAAUGCAGCAAGAAGAUAAUUGAAAGACUUGCAUAGUGAUUGCAAAGUGUACGCCUAUAAAAAAAUAUGAAUUCAUCUAAUUCAUGGAGAAGAUAUUGCAUGAGUUACUCGAUGCGCUACAACUUCAAUCCACAGAACAUGUUCAUGGAUGUUUAUUCCGAUGCAACGCUUGCAAUAUUGAUUAACAAGAAAUAAAGAAUAAAUGAAACACCUUAUGGAUCCUAAAA